GUGGUCAGCUACGAGUGCCUUUGAACACAAUCAACUUUUCCAUCAGAUUUGUUGAGGUACUUUUUUUUUGUUUUAUUUCGCAAUGCAACCUUAGCACCGGUAGGUAAAACUUGAAAAUAGAUCUGGUCUGACUGACUCGACUCCUAAUGUUGGCUGAGCGUGAACCCUUGACAUCGGUAAAAUCCCAGUUCUCAUAAUCAUCAUCACUCACAUCCUUCCUUGUCGACUUUUUCGGCCUCCCUCUCUUCCUCUACGUUUCCCCGUUUGUCUUUCACCGUUCGUUCUUUCCUUCAUUCGCUCGGUGAUGUCACUUAUUUACUCCCUCCCUCCUGCCUUUUUCGGUUCUUUGGUUGUUCUCCUCUUUGGUGGUUCAGUCACUCAGUCGCUCAGUCAGUCGCGAGGAAGUCGCUCAGGAGUGAAGAUCUCUCCUCUCUUUCUCACUCUCGGCUUUCCGCGUGGGUUUUCGUUGCGAGAGGCCUCUCCGUUCUACUCUGAAGCCGACUGCAUGAGUGUAUUAUUUGUGAGUCGGAACUCCCUUGAUGAGAGCAAGAUGUCAAGUGGGUUGUUGCUUUGACUCAUUAUUCGACCUCUCGACUACCGUACGAGCCAGCCGAAGCGGCAAGAAAAAGGUUCGUGGAGGCAUAUCCGGCAACGAAAGUGAGAUCAUCGUGACAUGGCUGCUGUGGAAUUGGUGGUGGAGAAGCUCCCCUCGAAUUUUUGAAAGUCUCACACAACAAUAACUAAUUCGAAAAAAGACCUGCCUCAUUUGAGGUGCCAUCCAUGCGUCAGAAAAGAAACGAUUCCCGCCAACAGGUGUCUUUACUCACUCACUCACUCACUCAUUCAUUUGCCCUCAAACUUGCCUAAUCAUAACGCACCGAUCAGUUGUCAAAUUUCCAGUGUAUAUUUCAUCAAAAUGAUCCGAAUCAAUCCCCCGCGUCAUCCUCAUUCUCAUUCAGUUCCACUACUAUUGACUCUCACUCUGGUGAUGCUGUCACCGGGGGCGCUCGUGCGGUCACAAAAUUGCCCCACCCGAGACGUUACCUUCGAACUGAUCACGGGCUAUGUGUUCACGGCUCCGGAAUUCAUAUUGGACACGAGGCCGGGGGUGUUGCUUCUCGAGGAGUGCAUCGAAGUCUGUCGGCAGAACGUGACGUGUGCCUCCGUCAACUACGAAACCGGCCUUUGCGUCCUCUUCAUGGCAUCCGCCCGAAACAAUCCAGGUUCGCUAUCCCGAAGUCAAUUUCCAGUGUUCACGUUGUUCGCCCAGAAAACGUGCGUCCGAUCCGCUCGAACUUUAUGUCCCGGGCGAGGCUGGAUCUUCGAUCGGGUCCAGGAUUUCAAGAUGUUGGGAUUUGCCCGAGAGACCCGCCCGGCUGACACCGUGGAGGAUUGCAUGGCCCAAUGCUUGAGCCAGAUCACCUUCACCUGUCGAUCGGCCAAUUUCGACACGUUGAAACUGACGUGCGAGAUCUCAGAUAUGGACCGACAUACCGUCAAUUCUCGGAACGCCUUUUUCCCUGCCAUUGGCAUCGAUUACCUGGAGAAUAAUUGCGCCGAGAAACCGUCGUCCGUUUGCAAUUUCAAACCCAUCAAAGGCCAGAUCCUGAAGACCGUGGAUUCUGUGUUUGCCAAUAUUGGCAGUCAAAAGGAGUGUGAACAGCUCUGUGUGAGCUCCACUUACAGAUGCCACUCUUACGAUUACGGUGAUACGGGCACCAACAUUUGCCGCAUGAGCCACCACAGCUCGGAAACGCUAAGAAAUAUCCGCGAGCCGUACUUGUCCGCGGCCCAAGCCACGACUUAUGAACUGACGUCGUGCUUUAACGUGAGUGUGGAUUGUCAGGCUAAUUACAUGAUCGCCAAGGUUCAUACCAAUCGAGUGUUCAAUGGCAAGAUCUACGGCAAGACCCGACCCAAUUCGUGCACCAUAAACGUUGAGAAUAAACUUGACUUCGAGCUCUAUCUGGGAUUCAACGACAUCGAUUGUGAUGUGAAGCAGGAGACCCCAGGCAGAUUUGGAUCCGAUGUCAUUAUUCAGCACCACGACAUGAUUGUGACGGGUGAGGAUGUAGGGUUGAAGGUCCGAUGCAACUACAACCUCUCCAACACAACGAUUGUGAGUGACACCAAUUUGAGCGUGAAAGGAGGCCUGAAUAUAGCGGGAGCGGAAAACACCGUAGUUCGGUCCCCGAACGUCACUCUGCGAGUUACCGACAGAUUGGGAUUGGACAUCUUAUCCGCUCAAGUGGGCGAUGCCCUGGCUCUGAGGUUCGAGAUUGUGGAGAAGGAGAGCCCAUACGAGAUCUUCGUUCGUGAUUUGGUAGCCAUGGAUGGUCUGGACUCGAGUGAAAUCGUUCUGAUCGACAGCCGAGGUUGUCCAACGGACUUUAGUAUCCUGGGUGCCAUCAAAGAGGUGGAGGGUUCCGGCAAGGUCCUUCAAUCCGACUUCGAUGCCUUCAAGUUUCCCACCUCAGACUUGGUCCAAUUCCGGGCUUUGGUGACACCUUGCAUACCUCGGUGUGACCCGGUCCAAUGUGAUGUGACGGAUUACUACGGCAAGCGACAAACCACGAGCUCAUUUGGCCGCCGCCGACGGCGACGCCGUCGACAAAUCGAAGGCCAGGACACGGGUUCCAAAUCAGACCUUAUGGUGGCGGGUGUGAUUAGAAUCAGUGAUAAAUUCGAACUGGCCUCCCGCAAGGAGCAGCCUGACACCCUCGAAAGGGAAAUCAUUCGGGAAGACACCCAUAAUGUGUGGACGCCUCAAGACUCACCCGAGCACGUGUCGUGCUUGAACACGGUGUCCUUCAGCAUUGGUGCCACCAUCUUUGUCUUCGUUCAAUGUGUCAUUUUGGGAGCCUGGACCUAUCUCUAUUAUCGACGGGAAAGGAAGAAAUCCGAGGACAGUCUAGCCUCUAGUUUAUGUUCCAGAUCUUCCUCAGAGGACCUCGAUCCUUAUUUUGUGGUCCCCAUUCCAACCCACCAUCGUCCUUGCUCGGAUUUGUCUUUGGAAGAGCACAGAAGUUCCCGGAGUCAGAGGAGUAAGCUCCAGCAUUUGGAGCACUUUGGACCGGGCAGGAGUGGAUCCUUUCGUGGGGUGUACCCUCGAGACCUGUGACCUGACAGUGCACUCGUGAUCUUAUCGCUGAUAUGACUUGAUGUUAUUGUGUUAUUGUUUUGUGCAUUCAUACUACUCUUAUUAGGGAUGACUUGGUUGGGCCAAGCAUUAUUUUUCGUAGGGCUUUAGAUUUACAUUAUAUGACGAUACGGAAUUUAUCAAUAUAAUUCGUUAAAUAUAAAAAAAAAAUCCAGCACGGUCUG